AUGGCAGAAGAUCAACAACAACACGUCCUCAAUCUCCUAGACAACACCAAAACCCAAUGGUACCACAUCAAGGCAGUCGUGAUUGCUGGCAUGGGUUUCUUCACCGAUGCCUACGAUCUUUUCUGCAUCUCCCUCAUCACCAAACUCCUCGGCCGCAUCUACUACCACGUCGACGGCUCCCCUAAACCCGGAAACCUCCCCCCUAACGUUGCUGCCGCGGUCAGUAGUGUUGCACUCUGCGGAACCCUAGCCGGUCAACUCUUCUUUGGUUGGCUCGGGGACAAGAUGGGCCGGAAGCGAGUCUACGGGAUCACCCUCUUGCUUAUGGUGGUAUGUUCCAUCGCUUCCGGCCUCUCGUUUGGGAGCUCGCCCCGAACCGUUAUGGCCACCUUAUGCUUUUUUAGGUUUUGGCUAGGGUUUGGAAUUGGCGGCGACUACCCUCUGUCCGCCACCAUCAUGGCGGAGUAUUCGAAUAAAAAGACACGUGGCGCAUUUAUUGCGGCUGUUUUUGCCAUGCAAGGGUUCGGAAUUAUCUCUGGUGGUGUCGUAGCUAUGGCCGUAUCGGCCUUAUUUCGAUCUCUAUAUCAUGCUCCAUCAUACGCGGUGAACCCAGUGAGGUCCACCGUGCCUGAGGCGGACUACGUAUGGAGGAUUAUUCUCAUGGUUGGUGCGCUUCCGGCAGCUUUAACCUAUUAUUACAGGAUGAAGAUGCCGGAAACGCCCCGUUACACAGCCUUGGUGGCCAAGAACAGUCAAAAAGCUUGCGAAGACAUGUCAAAAGUAUUAAACAUGGAAAUACAUUUAGAGAAGAUUGAAAGGCAAAACAGUAGGAAAAGAAGUAGCAAUAGUUUCGGCCUUUUUUCGAAACAAUUUCUUCGCCGCCAUGGAUUGCACUUGUUGGGGACAACAACCACAUGGUUCUUGCUAGACAUUGCAUACUACAGCCAAAACUUAUCCCAAAAAGACAUAUUUAGCUCUGUGGGUUGGCUUCCACCAGCGCAAACCAUGUCUGCCCUCGAUGAGCUCUACACAAUAGCAAAAUCCCAAUUCUUCAUCGCAUUAUGCGGCACAGUCCCAGGAUACUGGUUCACCGUCGCCCUCAUCGAUCACAUUGGUCGAUUCACAAUCCAAUUACUCGGGUUUUUCUUCAUGACAGUUUUCAUGUUUGCACUGGCAAUUCCAUACCAUCAUUGGACUUUAAAGAAGAACAACAUAGGGUUUCUUGCUAUGUAUGCUCUCACUUUCUUCUUUGCCAAUUUCGGGCCUAAUAGCACUACUUUUAUUAUGCCCGCGGAGAUCUUUCCUGCUCGGUUUCGCUCUACUUGUCAUGGAAUUUCAGCGGCCGCUGGGAAAGCCGGCGCGAUUGUCGGGGCUUUCGGGUUUUUGUAUGCAUCACAGAGUCAAGAUAAAUCGAAGACUGACGCAGGGUACCCACCUGGGAUUGGGAUGAGAAAUGCUCUAAUGGUGCUUGGUGGGAUUAAUGUUCUUGGGUUUUUCUUUACUUUCUUGGUGCCGGAAUCGAAUGGAAAAUCGCUGGAAGAGAUCUCAAGGGAGAAUGACGGAGAAGGAGAUGAUGAUGAACAAUCUGUGCAGACUGAAAUUGUUUAG